UUCUUCCUCUCCGGUUAUCUGUUCCUCUCCUAGAAACAAAGCCAGCAAAGUUCAAAACUUUGUCUCAUCAUUCAUUACGUUCUCUGUGUAUAUACCAGCGUGUGUUAGUGCGUGAGAAAAGAAAGAAACUAUAGCAAAAUGAAGUUGAAAUUGUAUGCAGAUCGUAUGUCUCAACCGUCACGUGCGGUUCUCAUCUUCUGCAGGGUAAAUGGGAUAGACUUUGAGGAAGUUAAAGUUGACAUUUCUAAACGCCAGCAAUUAACUCCUGAAUUUGCAGAAAUCAAUCCCAUGAAGAAAGUACCAGCGAUAGUCGACGGAAGAUUUAAGCUCUUUGAGAGCCAUGCAAUUCUUCAAUAUCUGGCUUCUGCUUUUCCUGGAGUUGCUGAUCAUUGGUAUCCUGCAGACCUCUUCAAAAGAGCAAAAAUCAACUCGGUUUUAGAUUGGCAUCAUUCGAAUUUACGCCGUGGUGCAGCUCCACUUGUUCUUAACAAAGCACUUGCUCCUGCACUUGGUCUGCCUUUGAAUCCAAAAGCAGCAGCUGAAGCUGAAAUAAUCCUGUCAGCUUCUCUUGCAAAGAUAGAAUCCUUUUGGCUCAAGGGGAAUGGGCGGUUUUUGCUGGGAAGCUUGCAACCUUCCAUAGCAGACCUGAGUUUAGUCUGUGAAAUUAUGCAACUGGAGGUCUUGGAUGACGAGGUUCGUGCAAGAAUUUUAGGCCCACACAAGAAAGUUAUCAAGUGGAUUGAUGACACAAGAAAUGCAACUCAACCUCAUUUUGAUGAGAUGCAUGCCAUUCUCUUCAAAGCAAAAGAGAAGCUAUUGAAGAUGCACUCAGAUGCAGGCAGUGAUCAGACAGAAAGUAGCAGAAAACCAGCUUUGCCUUCAAAGAUCUGAGAAUGCAGCUCUAAUGGUCAAGUAGCGUGUCAUUUUCUGGUUGUAUGUCAGCCAACAAGCCGCCGGAUCUGGUAUGUAAAAGGAAAUCCAGAAUGCAGACAUGCUGUUGUCAGUUUCUGGGUAAUAAUUCGGUUAUUUCUAAGGAUCUUAACACGCCAUAUGCUUGAACUAAAGCUUUUUGUAUUCGUUGUACACAUGGUAGCUAGUGCAAUAACGUGAUUCGAAUAUCUUCUUACCUUGUGAUACAUGAUUCUUGUCUUUUACCCUGUUA